CAAUCAAAUCCCGCUCUAGAGCCCAUGAUAUCAUCACGAAAAUGCUAGCUAGCCUGGGUGAUCCAUAUACAAGAUUCCUGUCGUCCUCCGAUAGACCGAAGACCUAGCCGCCAGGGCCGUCUCCAUCCCUGUCCUCCCCUUCGUCGCCGAUGGAGGAAGCCGUCGAGCGAAGCUCGGGCGGCCGACGGCGGUGGCGGAGGUCCUCUUCCCUCCUGCGUCCGGAUUGUGUGACGCGGGUCACCCAACUGUCAGUACUGAACUUGCAAGACCAGCGUUGGCGCCUUCUUCAGUUAACGGACGGCCGAGAUCACUUGCAUCCAACGGCUCGCGCAGCUCGCCGUCACUGUACCGUUUCAUUUGCCGUUACUGUAUUAAUUCUGUUGCCGUUGCCGUUGUCUGUCGCCAGUGGGCUAUAAAGCCAGGUGCUCGCGUCUGUACUGGGUAUUGAGAUUUGCUAAGAUGCUUAUUCACUUUACAGUACACUUUAUAGCAAUAUAAACCCUAGCGGGGCUACUUUUCCCUUUCCUCCUUCGAUCUGUGAGCGAGUUCAUCGCGUUCUUGCUGAAAUCCCUAGCUAGGGCGUGACAAUUGGUAUCAUGAGCGCAGUCUUUCCUCGGAGAAGAGAUAGAUCGUAGCUACCGCUGUAUUUUCCCUCCCUUUUUUUCGACAGACUUGGUGGCGAUGGUGGCGGGGUCGGCGGGCAUGGCGGCGGUAGACUAAUCCGGCGGCAGCUCGUUGAGUGAGACUGGUUGGAGAGCACCUUGGAGGAUGCUGUUUCGGCGGGUGAUGCGACGGGUGAUGCUGUUUCGGCGGUGAUUUUCUCAGGCGGCGGCAGGAUUCAGUGCUAGAUCGGGUUACCGGAGCUAUUCCGGCCGUAAAAUUCCUCCGUGCCACUGUAUCACGAUGGGGCGUUCCAAAUCCACCCUGGAGGAGUCGGAAGUUGCGGAUCUACUCGCCAUGAAGGGCGAAUUCAUGCAGCAUCGGGAAGAAACUGCAGAUCUGAGAGGCGAGGUUGAUGACCUGCGGAAGGACGUACACAGCAUAAACCUCAAGCAAGACACGAUGGUCUCUAUUCUUGAUGGAGUGCAGAAAGCUGUUCCCACCCUCAGUUCGCAGCUGUCGACUAUGGCAGAGGUUCUCAAAUCCCUUCGAUCCACGGAAGCCUCAAGUUCAGCACAACAGGGCAAAUCAUCACCUGAUCUACCACAGAAAGAAACAGCAACAGUGGAAAGAGCCAUGUCUGAGGAGAUACGACGACGACUUGUGAUGGAACAGGAGAAAUCAAGACUGGCCGCAGCACAUAUCCCAAUCCACUUACCACCCAUUCAGGUACCCAGGCCUGCUAUUCCACCAGGGUUCGGAGCCAAUCAACCAGUGGAAAUACACUCGGGAAAUGCCACUCCCACUGCAGCAUAUAAGACUGCCCGCACACCUGGAUUCCAUGGGUUUCAACCACCAGGAGUUCGUCAGAGUUGGGAUGAUUUUCAGAAGCACUAUGACCAAGAGAUGCGCACACAAUUCCUGAAGAGCAUCACUAAAGGUCCACGCAUGGAUUUUCCUCGUUUUGAUGGAGAUAACCCAGCAGGGUGGAUAAGACAGUGUGAGAAAUACUUCCAGAUGGCCGGAGCACCGGCUGAAUUCAAGGUUAACCUGGCACAACUUUAUGUGACAGGAAGAGUUGAUGUCUGGUUGAGACGUUCUGGAAUUCUAAAAAAGCAGUUAACCUGGGCACAAUUCUGUGAGGAGAUUUUGCGCAGAUUCUCAUCAGCCAGCUCAUAUGAGCUAACUGACAAGUUUAACACCCUCAAGCAUAACACCCUCACUGUGUCAGAAUACACUGACCAAUUUGAAGAGUUAAUGGCAGAGGUCCAAUCUGAUAACCCUAUCAUGGAUGAAAGCUGGUUUGUGCGGUGCUAUGUAAAUGGUCUACGUUCUCAAAUCAAGUUCCAAGUUAGAGCUCUGAGACCUACUGGGUUGACAGAGGCCUAUUGGUUAGCAGUAGACCUGGAAACGGGAGCUGCUGAGAAGAAAUCCUACACUAGUUACUCUGGAACUACUAAGUCUAUCACUGGUUAUCAGAAAUUUACCACUGCCUUACAUGAGAAACCCACUGAAUCCAAACCUGCUGUUGUCAACCAAAGAGCCAGGGAACCUGGUAAGUGUUGGAGAUGUGGGGAUGCAUGGUUUCAUGGACAUGAAUGCAAAAUGGCUCCUGCAUUAAAUGUACUGAUUGGGGAAGAUCCCACUGAACAAGCAAAAGAAAAUGAGGAGGUGGAGGAACAUGAGAUGGAAGAACAACUGCAACAAGAAGAGCAUUGUAUGACACUCUCUGCACAAGCAAUGAAAUCUGACAAUGUCAACACUUGGAGAAUGUGCAUUGACUACAGGAAACUUAAUGCUGCAACCAUCAAAAAUAAGUUUCCCAUACCUGUGAUUGAGGAUCUUUUGGAUGAACUCCAGGGAGCUACCUACUUCACCAAAUUGGACUUGAGAUCUGGCUAUCACCAGGUGAGAAUGAAUGAGCAAGACAUACCUAAAACUGCAUUCAGGACAUAUUUUGGUCACUAUGAAUUCCUGGUGAUGCCCUUUGGACUAGCUAAUGCACCUGGGACUUUCCAAGCUCUGAUGAACAACAUAUUUGGUCCAUAUCUAAGGAAGUUUGUGUUGGUAUUCUUUGAUGAUAUCCUCAUUUUCAGCAAAUCCCUUUCUGAACAUUUGGAGCACAUACAAAUUGUUCUCCGGCUCCUGAAAGAACACCAGCUUUUUGUUAAACAUUCUAAAUGUGUGUUUGCUUCCAAACAAGUGGACUACCUGGGCCACAUCAUCACUUGAGAA